AUGAUUGAGGGUAUCCAGCCCGGAGCUGGCUUCGCCGAGCGGUCUGCUGUGGUGCUUGUCGGUGAGCUGGAAACCCUGAAAAUCCAACCACCAAAUAUCAAGCUGCUAGAAAAAUCGCUCAUAUGGCUGUGCAGCAGCAGCAAGCAGCAGUCGACAGAGAAGACGCUAGAGCACAGUCUACCCCGGUGGCUGAAUGGCCAUGGGGUUGCGAGAACUCAAUUCGAGCAACAAUCCAAGCAGCAACAUAGAAAACCAGUGGAGCUUGUACAUAUGACAAUCAAAGAUGCGGAGUCCUUCGUCCUCCCGCAGUUGGCUGGGUGGUGGAAAUAUGGUGGAAAUAAAGCUCAACGCUUGGGGCACUAUGGGGCUUGA